AUAAAAUAGAAAAAUGUAUUGCAUUUUCCAAUCAAUACUUAAACAGUUUCGCCCCCGCCGAUUUUGGACGACGGCGGAUCAACGAGGGCGGCGUGCCAUCGGCAGCCGCUCCAAACGAAGAUGGAAGGCCGGUGGAUAGCACGUGCUUUCUCCACAGCUCCAAGCUAUCCAAUGUGUGUUUGGCGUCACCAGCUUGACGGCCAGCUGUGGCUGACGUUGGAGCGGCCCCGACUGGUUGUGCCGCUGCACCAUGGGUCGCUCGUUGCUGGGCCAAUACGUCGCGAUACUCCUCGACGUACUGUGCCCCCGACUUUUGCCUCCGUCGGGUCUUUGUUCGAUGAGAUUCUGUCCGAGCUUGCACAGCUCCAACCACGGAGUUCACUUGCUGAGACCGCAGAGCCGCAACCAUUGCCGGCGGCUUCAACAUCCCUCGAGAAGCUGACUGGGCCAACGCGAUCGCCACAGUCGCCCGUUCAUCGUUCGCGUUGGGUCGACGGGACGACUUCAACCUGAUAUUGCUUUGGGACGGCGAUACCGUCAUCUUGGUGACGGACGGAUGCCGCUGCAUGACCCCCGUGUGUUGGAGCAGGCUCGCGGUCGAGUCGACGGAGUUGAGGGCUGCAUACGAUUCGCUAGCGUUGAGUUCGUGCAUGCACUGGGUGGCGGGUAACGUGUGAGAUGUGCCUUUCAUUUGACCGCCACGACUCGGUUGAUGGCGCUUGCCGCCUUUGCCGAAGACGGUUCCAUCGAAAUGUUGGCCAGGCGGCGGGGGUGGCCCUUUUGUGCGCAGUCGGUCGAAUGCUCUGCGCCGGGCGUGCCGGUCUAGUCGUCGACUCAACUUGGCGACGGGAGUCAUCGCAGGUUCUCCUGGUGCAUUCGGAGGGAUGGUUGCAUUCACGCGAAACGCGAUCAUCCGUUCGUCUGGGUUGAAGUUGUACACGAAAGCUUCUUCGUGCGACGCAAGGCGCACGUGCCGCGCGUGCGUGACAAAUCCAUGCGCUCCAGUGGACGGAGGGGUUGCACCGGCAAAACGUUGGCGGCGGUGAGUGUCGUGCGGCGACGGCGGAUGGACAGAGCAUUGCGACUCAUGGUUGUCGUUGUUGCUAUAUUGGUGGAGACCCUCCUGUUCGCGUUCAGGAGCAACUCCAACAAACACACGAUGACCGCGUGCUUUGUUGCCGACAAGAAACGCAUCGAGCCGCCGACGAAUGUGCUUUUGCUCGGCUUUCUCGGCGUUGGAUACGUUGUUGGCACUGGCGAUGGACGGACGGCGGCCGAUGUCGGCUCGGGCAGUUUGCGGUCGCAUCGAUUUCGUGUUUGGACGGAGAGGCACAUGGGUUGCGUCGGACGACGCGCCAUUUGAAUGAGGUGUCGUGCGAUGCGGUCGCGCCGUUUGGGGUCGACGCAGCUGGACACAUGCCCGAGGCAUGGGCCUCGUGGGCAAUGGUGUCGUGUCCAGGAUCACCGUUGACACAUCAUGCACAUCGUACACUACAUUCAGGAGAAACCUCCACAAUCAUGAAACGACACGCGACAGUUAUGGGGUACGUCAUAAUGGCAACCGCGCUUUGGACAUGCAGCUACCCCAGCGUGCAAAGAGCUCUCAGCCGUCGCCUUCCCCACGUUGUCUUGACCGACGUUGCGGAUGCCUCGUGCUGCUUUGUUGUCUCCCAUGUGAAAAAUGCGCCAAGAAUCGAUGAUCCGGAUAUACUUGUGUAUCCGGAAUCUUCCAGUCGGUAUAAUUAUCUCGAGGACGGC